AUGGCCGACAUUCCAGGCUUCAUGGCCGCUCUGCCAACAGCAGCACACCUCCAGCAUCAAGUCAUCCGAGCAAAUCAGGCACAGAAGGAUCUGAACUCUACCGAAAGGACUUCUGAAGAGCCUCGAAGUUUGAAUAUACAGGAGCGCAUGUAUGCGCGAAGGAGAAUGAUCGAACAAGCCCCAAAAUGCGCCAAGUGCUGCGUACCAUUCACCUUCACAGAAGUCCAACAUCAUCCCGGAACGAGUCCCUAUCACCCGAUCAACCGCGCCGUGAUUUGCCAUCCGUCAACAUCAACGGACAUGCACUGCUUCCACACACGCUGCCUAAGCCAAUCCCUGCACUCGCAGCACAGCUGUCCCACCUGCCGACAGCGAUUACCGAUUCCCUUUCUGGACAGCGUCCUUGUCCGCUAUCUCGCCGAUUCUCAUCCAAUCGUCCAGCACUAUAUGGACUUCAUUUUUGUUCCGGAUGCUCCCGGCGUAGGAGACGCUUUCAUGGGCCUCUUCGGCAUCUUGCGAAUUCGCGCUCUCCUAUACGCAUCAGGCCGGCUGAGAACAGACGAUAUCACCUACCGUCCCUACACCCGGAUGAACCCCUGGUGCCACACCCCGGGCUAUCGCAAUGCCACGCGCGUGGUCAAUGCAGAGCAGUUGACGACGAAGUUGUGGAAGUGGUUCCAUUCACAUGUUACCCUCUGUACCCCAGACGAUAAGCUAGACGCUUUCAACCACCCCCUAGCAAUUCUGCUUUUCUGCACUAUUAUGGAGGGAAUCCUCGCGGUGAACGGAUGGCGUUGUAAAGAUGAACCGUAUCGACAGGACAUUGACAACGUGAUGUGGGGAUUUGAGGAGUGCUGGGGCGCGGACCUGUAUCAGAGACCUCAUGGCUGGAAGGAGUUCAAGAAGCACGUGUUGAAUGAGACGGUGAGGCAGUUGUGUGAUGGGAUGGGGUCUUCGGAUGCUUUGCCAAUGGAGGGCGCCGAGUUUGAGGUGGCUGUGGAUGGCGAGGAACAUGUGCAGACGUUGGUGGAUGAGGUUGAGGAGUUGAAUGACGAAUUGGGAGUGAUGAGGCAGGGACUGCAGUGGUUUUUGAUGCAAAAGCAGGAAUCCCGUCAGUGGCUGGGGCCUAGAAGGGGAGGCAGAGGUGGGAAUUAUGAGGUGAGGGAGUGA